AUGACGUACAGUAAUAGCUUGCCAAUUAAUGAUGGUAAAUACGAUGAUGAUGGUCGCCUAAAACGUACAGGAACAUGGAUAACAGGAAGUGCACACAUAGUGACAGCUGUAAUAGGAUCUGGAGUGUUAUCUUUGGCAUGGGCUAUUGCACAAUUAGGAUGGAUUGCUGGCUCAAUUGUUCUCAUUCUUUUCUCUGUCAUCACUCUCCUCACUUCUUUUCUUCUAGCUGAUUGUUAUAGGUAUCCUGAUCCUGUUCAUGGAACCAGAAACCAUACCUAUAUGGCUAUGGUCAAAAAUAUUCUAGGAGGAACUCAGUACAUGUUUUGUGGAUUGGCUCAGUACACAAAUCUUAUAGGCAUUACCAUUGGUUAUACUAUCACGACAUCCAUCAGCAUGGUGGCCAUCAAAAAAUCCAAUUGCUUUCAUAAGUAUGGGCAUGAAGCAAACUGCAAAACAUCAAAUUAUCCAUUUAUGGCAUUAUUUGGGGUUUCAGAGAUUUUACUAAGCCAAAUUCCAGAUUUCCAUGAACUUUCAUGGCUCUCUUUUGUUGCAGCCGUCAUGUCUUUUGGUUAUGCUUCCAUAGGCAUUGGUCUCUCCAUAGCCAAAAUUGCAGAACCAGGACACCAUGUGGAGACAGGGCUAACAGGGCUUGUUGUUGGAGUGGAUGAAACAAGUUCUCAGAAGUAUUGGAAUACCUUUCAAGCAAUUGGAGACAUAGCUUUUUCAUAUGCUUUCUGUGCGGUCAUUGUUGACAUACAGGACACAUUAAAAUCAAGUCCACCAGAAAAUCAAGCCAUGAAGAAAUCAAACGUCAUUGGAAUCACAGUGACCACAUUCUUUUAUGCAUUAUGUGGUCUUCUAGGAUAUGAAGCAUUUGGAAACAAGGCACCAGGAAACUUCUUAACAGGAUUUGGCUUUUAUGAACCAUUUUGGCUAGUUGAUAUUGGUAAUCUUUUCAUCAUUAUUCAUCUUGUGGGAGCUUAUCAGGUAUUUGCACAACCAAUAUUUAGUUUAGUGGAAAGUUGGGGUAGUAAACGUUGGCCAGAAAGCAAGUUAAUGACAAAAGAAUAUUAUGUAAAAAUUCCAUUGGUUGGAAUAUGGAGAAUGAAUAUGUUUAGGUUGAUAUGGAGAACAUUGUAUGUGAUAUUCACAACAUUGUUUGCUAUGAUAUUUCCAUUUUUCAACAGCAUUGUGGGUUUGGUAGGAGCAAUGUCGUUCUUUCCUUUGUCAGUGUACUUUCCAACGGAGAUGUACCUUGUACAAUCUAAAGUGACCAAAUAUUCUCCUAUGUGGAUUGGAAUGAAAUCGCUUAGUGGGUUUUGUUUGAUUGUCACUCUUGUUGCUGCUGUUGGAUCAAUUGAAGGAAUUAUCUCUGAACUUAAGACCUAUAAGCCCUUUGCGUACUAA